AUGCGAAUGAGCUCUUUCCUCCUUAUUCCCACAACAGCGAUAGUUGCUGGUUGCGGUGCCGUCUCAGCAUAUAGACGACCUAGACUAUUGGGUUCGAAGCUGCCUGAUGAAGUCAUGUCAGCGAAGGAAGCUGUUUCAGCGAAUAGUGCACGAUUUCUGAGUAGCAAACCCGACAGAGUCAAUGUCAUUUAUGCACCAGAGGAAGAAGAAAGAAUGAUGAAAGACAUGGAAGACAUUCUCAAUCUUGUGCGAGACAGCAGCCAAGAAAAGAUUGUUCCUCACAUACCACCUUCUGCAAUCACGAAAGGCUCGAAUUCUGUCGGGACAUUUUCUACUGAUCUGAACGAAUUACCGCCUAUUCAGUACCAUGAUGGACAAAUUUCUGCAGAACAUCAGCACAUUGGCUAUCCGUAUGGACAAACUUCUGCACAACAUCAGCAGGGGUACGGUGGCAACUUACAUCCUGGAGUGAUGCACAACUCAAACGCAGUCAAUCAUGUGGACCAAGAGAUCUCGAUUGGUGCGAGAAAUUUCGCGAAAUCUUUCAAGUGGACAGUUGACUUAGCCGACAUUGUACGGAGUGCAAGUACCCGAGAUGACCUUGGUUUCCUGACUCGACUUAAACAAUUCGAAAAGUUACGAGAUACUUGGCUAGAACACGCCUAUAAAUGGGUGGCUCACAACAAACAAUCUUAUCCUGCAGCCUUUUCCUCAGAGCAUAUUCCAAGUGAUGAAUUUUUGUCCUCUCUCGAUUCUCAGGUCGCGGAGGCUGAAAAGCUCUUUACUCAGCCCUCAACUGAUCAAGAAAUCGAUGAUGUUCUUAAAGCGAGCAUCAAUGCUGCUCCUGAAAAGCAACGUCAUAAGAUUCAGACCUGGCUGUACCAAUCUGUAGAUAUACCUACGAAAAGUAUGUUUAUGGAACCUCUUUUUUUUUCAUGCGUCGUGAUGAACAAAAUCAACACCGUCGAAGUCAAAGAAAUUCCUGUGAAAAUGGCUCAACGCAUGAAAUUUGCGACUCAGCAGAUUGUUAAGAGCCAUGCAAGUGAUUCGUAUCCUUCCCAGUUUCUAUUAGCCCAUAUCGACGAUAACUUACUUGAGAAUUCACCCGAUGUUGUGGAGUCGAACCUACUGGAUGAAAGCAAAGGCAUUGAAGGCGGACUUGACAAUGUUCUUGCGAUGACUAGUGAUGAUGUUGAACCAUGGGAAAAGUUUAUGGAUCUGUGCUCCCAAGGUCAUUUUUCCUCUGACGAUCCCUUGAUGCAGGCACUCGAAGUGUACACGAGACUUUAUAUUCACGACUAUUUCAUCAAGGAGCCGAAAUUGAUUGGAUGGAACGAUUGGAUAAAGAUGAGUCAGACAAUACCUGGCAACCUGAUGAAUGAAGUUGUUGAGGAAGUGAACGGUUUGCUCAUUCAUGGUGCUGGUGGAGAAGGAAAUCUCAGAUUUCAACUGUUGAGAAGAAAGAAGUGGGAUGACAAGGUAAGGAAGAGAAAUAUAAAAGUUGGGUGA